AUGUACAGGCUCUGUUCUACGGAGGCCAUACCACCCCUCCCAGACACCCAGCCCAAACCUGCACCCACCUCCCAGGGCCCAGAGCCCCACUGCUGCCCAGGUCCCAGCCCAAGCCCAAGAGGGAUGGAAGGUUCCGGCUCCAUGGAGCCCAUAUCCCCUAAGCCAAAUAUCCAGACAGAGAACAGCAUCACUGACCCUGACACACUUGUCUUAAUCCACCCCCCCCAGGGGCCAGUGGCCCCCCAUCGCCCCUGCCCCAGUCAUAAAAGGAUACAUGGUGUUGGUAUUGGUAUCAGUGUUGGCCCUAUGGAACCUAUACCUCUUCACUCAAAUACCCAGGCCAGCGUCACCGACCCUGACACACUUAACCUAAUCCAGGAGACGCGACAGAUUACCCAUAAAAGUGACACAGCGGAGGACAAUGUGACUGACCGUCGCUGUGACACACACGUCUUAAUACUAGUCACCCAGGAUCCGGUGACAGGACUCCUACACCACCACCACCAGGUUAGGACAGAGAAAGAGGACGUGGCCCGGUCAGAGGGGCUAGCACCAGGCCACCGUGAUGAGACACCACCACCUGUCGAUGCUUAUUGGGUCUUAUGUGAUAGCAUCACUAGUGUGACACACGAUGGGACAGAGGGAGCUAGUUUAAAGCCCUCAGAGGAAAACAAUGACAGUCCUAAGGAGUUGUGGCUGGACGCGUGCCAGUACCAGGGCCUGGCAGCUGAGGACGGGGAGGGGGAGGAAGGGGCUAUUUUGGGUGGGGACGAGUGGGGCCUUUAUCCUAUCAGAGGCAGCAGUGUCACAGAAUGUCCGGACAACACAAAGGAGUCGGGUUUCCUACUGGGAACAGACGCUGCUAUUGGUCAGGGAGGCUGUGACUCGGACCAGUGGUUGUCUGUGCCACCUUUUGAUAGGUCUGUGUCCACUGACAGCUGGUACAGCGCAUUCUCCGACUGGGCUGUCAUAGUCACUGGAGGAGGACUGCGGCCUGAAGACUUUACAGGAACCGCUGCACUCACACAGCAACAGGGACAGGCACAAGCAUAUCCACAGACACCCAUGGCCAUCCAACACCAGUCAGUGGAGCCCCGAGCCAGCCCAGAGAGCCCCAUCCUCACUGGACCAGAAGAGCUGCUGGUAGUGGGUAGCCUCCAGGACAGGGAAGGGGAAGACACCCAGACAGAGUCCCACAGCGAGUGGAUAUCAUCAGCAGGGCAGGGAGAUCAGGAGCCUGGAGGAGACCUGGUGAUCACCGAGGAUGACUGCUCUGCCUAUCCCACAGAUAGCCACUCAACCCUGGGUUCAUUGUCUGACACACUGGCCUCUCCCACCACCAAACUCUACGGGCUGGAGUUCAAUACGACUGAGGCGGUGCUGGCUUUUCGCCCAUGUCCUUUUCCUCAGCCGCCUCGGGUUACUUGGCCACAAAUGCUGCUCCUGUGGGGAGAGAUGUGUUGGACAUGGAGAUAGACAUUGAUAUUAGCCAUAAGAGAGACAGUUAUUUACAUGACGACAGUGUUGGCAGAUUUGAGAGCCAAAAUACCUCCCUGCAAAAGUCAGAGGUAAGAUUUCAAGUUUAUUAUGUUAUUUGAUUUAGAUAUUGUAGUGGUUGAUCAACAGACGUGGAUUUGUUUGUUUACAAUUGCAUGGUGGUGCAUGUUGACACUUAACAAAAUCUUUGGUUAUUUCUGUGAAAUGAUUUUCUUUUUCGAGACGGGGAAAGUACGUUUUUAGACUUACUAACCUAAGCACGCAACAGCAGCAUGUACUGCCACACACAAACACUUUCACUAGAGUUAUGUCUUUCUGUCUGUCAGAAACUAACCCUGAGGCGACACUCACCUUUAUCAUAUACUAUUAAUAGUCCACAACAUCAAUUACACUGCAACCUGAAACAUCAUCACAACUUUCAGGAUUCCAUACCUUCACAGCCACCCCAGCACUGAGAGAGAGAGAGAGCAGAGUAUAGGAAACUCUUCUGUAGGGCAGAGCACUAUUCUGAAGGGCAGAGCACUAUUCUGUAGGGCAAAGCACUAUUCUGUAGGGCAAAGCACUAUUCUGUAGCCAGUGGCACGUAGUCCGACUGAGGACUGAGGGUGAUCUGAAACAGCCUAGCCAUCCUGGUCACUGCAGUAUGUGGUUUCAUCACACUGACGAGUCAGUGUGAAGAGGUGUUAGUAGUAUCUGUCCUUGAUUUCUAUCUGGGACUAGCUCGUGGGUAUCUCGGGAGCUAGCUCUGGCUAGCUGGACAUUAGGCCUGGGGCUAUCUUGGGAGCUAGUCUGGCUAUCACUGGGAGCCUAGCGUCGUGGGCUAUUCUGGGAGCUAGCUUCUGGGCUUAUCUCUGGGAGCCUAGCUCUGGGCUAUCUCUGGGAGCCUAGCUCUGGGCUAGCUCUGAGGAGCAGCUAUGGGCUAUCUGGGAGCCUAUCUCGGGCUAGUUCUGAGAGCCUAGCUCUGGGGAGCCUAUCUCUGGGCUAGCUCUGGGAGCUAGCUUGGGAGCCUAGUCUAUGAGCCUAGCUCUGGGAUCUCUGGGAGCCUACUCUGGGCUAUCUCUGGGAGCCUAUCUCUGGGCUAGUUCUGAGAGCCUAGCUCUGGGAGCCUAUCUCUGGGCUAGCUCUGGGAGGCUAGCUUUGGGAGCCUAGCUCUAUGAGCCUAGCUCUGGGAUCUCUGGGAGCCUACCUCUGGGAGCCUUGCUCCAGGAGCCUUGCUCUGAGACUGACAGCUGGGCCUGGCCCUGUGGAGUGGUCUGAGGAAACGAGAGGCCUAGAAAAACCUCAGAUAGACAGAACAGAAAUGGCAUCUCUAAUUAUAGUGGGUGUUUGAUGAUAAUAGCACGCAUCACAGGAGUGGGGUGGGGGGGAGGGGGGGGAGGGGAAGCACAGAAAAGGAGUGAAAUAAAAGAGCAGAUCAAGAUCUCCAACCAGGAGAAGGAGAGAAGGAGAGAGAGAGGAAGAGAGAGAAGAAGAGAAGAGAGAGGAGAGAGGAGAGAGAGAGAGAGAGAGUAGAGAGAGAGAGAGAGCGGAGAGAGAGAUCGGAGGCGCGCGAUCGCGAACGAGGUAAUCUAUCGCUCUCUCUCUCUCCUCUUCUCUCUCUCUCUCUCUCUCUCUCUCUCUCUCACACACACACACACACACACACCUUCAGAGCAGUCUAACAAAGCUCACUCACUGGGUUAAAGGCCUGGGAGGAUAAAGGGACACUUUUAUUGGCUUAAACAUUUUGAGCUGCGCAGUUAGUAGAGCACUGCCUAUAACAGUCUAUAGACCAGACCACUCCCACAUUUACAGUAGGUUAUAUUUAACAGUCUAUAGACCAGACCACUCCCACAUUUACAGUAGGUUAUAUUUAAGGCAGUGGACUCUGACCGACAUAAUGGAAGUUUUAGAUAGAAAGAUAUGUUUACGAGAAUCUAUGAUAACAAAUAUAUGAGAAAUAAGUAUGAUUUAGAUAGGUGUCUUCUGGAAAGGGGAGUUAACAAUGUUUACCCUUCUUUAUUAACUAACCUGCUACUAACUAUAUAUACAGUGGGGAAAAAAAUUAUUUAGUCAGCCACCAAUUGUGCAAGUUCUACCACUUAAAAAGAUGAGAGAGGCCUGUAAUUUUCAUCAUAGGUACACGUCAACUAUGACAGACAAAAUGAGAAAAAAAAAUCCAGAAAAUCACAUUGUAGGAUUUUUAAUGAAUUUAUUUGCAAAUUAUGGUGGAAAAUAAGUAUUUGGUCAAUAACAUACGCUUCUCAAUACUUUGUUAUAUACCCUUUGUUGGCAAUGACACAGGUCAAACGUUUUCUGUAAGUCUUCACAAGGUUUUCACACACUGUUGCUGGUAUUUUGGCCCAUUCCUCCAUGCAGAUCUCCUCUAGAGCAGUGAUGUUUUGGGGCUGUCACUGGGCAACACGGACUUUCAACUCCCUCCAAAGAUUUUCUAUGGGGUUGAGAUCUGGAGACUGGCUAGGCCACUCCAGGACCUUGAAAUGCUUCUUACGAAGCCACUCCUUCGUUGCCCGGGCGGUGUGUUUGGGAUCAUUGUCAUGCUGAAAGACCCAGCCACGUUUCAUCUUCAAUGCCCUUGCUGAUGGAAGGAGGUUUUCACUCAAAAUCUCACGAUACAUGGCCCCAUUCAUUUUUUCCUUUACAAGGAUCAGCCCCAAAGCAUGAUGUUUCCACCCCCAUGCUUCACAGUAGGUAUAGUGUUCUUUGGAUGCAACUCAGCAUUCUUUGUCCUCCAAACACGACGAGUUGAGUUUUUACCAAAAAGUUCUAUUUUGGUUUCAUCUCACCAUAUGACAUUCUCCCAAUCCUCUUCUGGAUCAUCCAAAUGCACUCUAGCAAACUUCAGACGGGCCUGGACAUGUACUGGCUUAAGCAGGGGGACACGUCUGGCACUGCAGGAUUUGAGUCCCUGGCGGCGUAGUGUGUUACUGAUGGUAGGCUUUGUUACUUUGGUCCCAGCUCUCUGCAGGUCAUUCACUAGGUCCCCCCGUGUGGUUCUGGGAUUUUUGCUCACCGUUCUUGUGAUCAUUUUGACCCCACAGGGUGAGAUCUUGCAUGGAGCCCCAGAUCGAGGGAGAUUAUCAGUGGUCUUGUAUGUCUUCCAUUUCCUAAUAAUUGCUCCCACAGUUGAUUUCUUCAAACCAAUCUGCUUACCUAUUGCAGAUUCAGUCUUCCCAGCCUGGUGCAGGUCUACAAUUUUGUUUCUGGUGUCCUCUGACAGCUCUUUGGUCUUGGCCAUAGUGGAGUUUGGAGUGUGACUGUUUGAGGCUGUGGACAGGUGUCUUUUAUACUGAUAACAAGUUCAAACAGGUGCCAUUAAUACAGGUAACGAGUGGAGGACAGAGGAGCCUCUUAAAGAAGAAGUUACAGGUCUGUGAGAGCCAGAAAUCUUGCUUGUUUGUAGGUGACCAAAUACUUAUUUUCCACCAUAAUUUGCAAAUAAAUAAAUAAAAAAUCCUACAAUGUGAUUUUCUGGAAAAAAAAUUCUCAAUUUGUCUGUCAUAGUUGACGUGUACCUAUGAUGAAAAUUACAGGCCUUUCUCAUCUUUUUAAGUGGGAGAACAUGCACAAUUGGUGGCUGACUAAAUACUUUUUUUCCCCACUGUAUAUAUACAGCAUAUUAUAUAUACAUCGCAUGCGAUUCGUAAUAAAACUAAGCAAUUAGCCUAUUAAAAUGUUUCUGUUUAUCUGAGUCCCUAAAGAUAAAUAGUAAUAUGCAAGAGACUAUGGUUGAGUUACAGUAGUAGGCUAUGAAGAAAUGUCUGAGAAUGGAAUUCUAAAUACAAGUGUUUUUAAUAACUUUGUAAAAUGAAUGGAUUCACAUACAAGGCAUAAAGCUUAAGUUACAAAGCAAUAACAAGCAUUACAAGGAAUUAUUCUAAGCAUAUAGAUCCUGAGGUUAAUUUACAAGACAAAGCAUAAACAAAGCAAUGCUUACUAGGCCAGAGGUCUAGAAGCCUAGGAAAUGAGAAUUGAUCAUACAACCUUCCUCCAUGGACUGGAUACAGGAUAAGAGAGAGAACGAAAGGUAUUUAAUUCCAUUUAUAACAUCUGAAGGUGUGACCUUUCAACCCAAAACCAAUCACCACUGACCAAUCAAACGAUAACAAGUUUACAGUGUAACCUGACCACCAAGGCCCAGUCUCCACAGGAUGUUACAUCAUCUAAGAGCUUGUGUGGGGGAUGAGACCUAUGUAAAUAAGACAGAUGUUACCACAGAGAUCAUACAUCCAUAUAGAUAGCAUCAGAGUUACCCUCAGAGAACAAGUUUCAGAAAGAUACCAAACAUGGAUACUAAAUCAUUAUUCUAUCACUCAUUCAACAGUCAGUCCUCUGGAUACUGUAACAGAGAGAUACAUGUUGUCCCCUCAGAGGGGGAGGGGCUGACUAGUCUUUGGGCGUUGUCCUUUGUGCUUUCCUUGUGUUCCUGGACCAUUUGCCGAGCCUACACCUUCGGUGACUAUUGAACCAUUUGAAACUUUGUUUAUUUCUCCCCAUGCAGCACCUUAGAAAUGCAGUGCGGAAUGUGACAGACGACAGCGUCUCUCAGCUGGGCGGCUUGUUCAUUGAGGGGGAAGGUGAAGAGAGAAGUUAUGGGUCGGUGAGCGUCUCCGGUUACCCUUCCAGUAGCAAGGCACAUCAGGUGGAAUAUGUGUGUGGCGACGAGAGACAUCAACAGUCAACAAAGGAGUUUCAAUGCAUCACAGACUCUAACAGGAACACACACGUGCCGGCACACAGAGACACACCGUCCCGGGACACUAAGGCGGACAUACACGUGUCCCCCAACACGGACAGGCAGGACCUCCAAGAGAUAGAGGGGAAGACGCCACAGUGGGGGAAUCCACCGUUUUUAAUGCCUGUUAUGCCUUUAGCACCUCUGAGUCUCAGCGUGGGCCGAUCUCUCUUUUGCCGGAUGAACAGCUCUUUGGAAGGGGACACCAUCCAAGCCGGUCCUAAGAGCGCACUACUCAAUGAGCAGAAGGGUCAGAGUUGUGCGUUUAUACAAUCUAAUGUGCCCCGACUGCCCGUUUUGCCCGCCUGUUUCCGAAGGAACAUUGAUAAGAAGACACCUGUGGUAAACAAAGAAGAAAAACUGUUGUUGACGAGAACAAAGAGGGAUAUAAGUUCUGGAGACACAACAUCAGAGGACAAGGGUGGAAAGUUGACCAUUUGCUCUGGUCGGAAUCUGAACAGACACUUUCCAGCAUCGUCUUCGUCAAGUGAGGAAUCAACAGCAUCUUGGUCUCUUGACAGAAAUAAAAACAUCACAGUCCCACAUGAGGUCAGCUCCCUCGGUAAAGAACUCUCCAACUGUAUCAUUGUGACCGGUGAUCAUUUGAUGAUCUCAGAGAAGGAACGUGUUGCAUACGUUACUCUAGACCAGGAUAACCCUCUAGACUCCAGAACGUCCUUGUUGAAACAAAUACAGUCAGACAGAAAUAAAGAACCCAACCACUAUGUUACAGCAGACCUAAAGAAGGGCUCCAAGAUGCCUCAUAAAACCAGAACACACUCCAAGAAAGACAAGCCAGCUGGGGUUCACCAUCUGGCCCCACCAACCUUCAGAACACAGGAGAACCUACCGCUCGGAUCUAACAUCAAAUGUGACCCCCUAACACCAUGCGACGAUGGCGACAAUGGAUCUGUGACUGUCAUGGAGACUAUUGUCAUAACAGAGAAUGUUAACACCAAAGGCCACGCCCAUGGGAAGAAGAAGAAACACUCUGGGAAACACUCCCAGAAUGCAACAGUGAAGAGCGAAGGGGUGGAGCCUCUGGUUGAGGUGGAGAACAGGGCUAAACAGAAGAUCACUGCCAAGGGGAAAAUAGACAUCUUCGAUGCCAAAUUUGGACCCAAGGCUGGGAAAACCAAAGAUAAGACUACAGCAGCUCUGUCUUGUAAGAAGGACAGUGUUCAUUCAGAUAGCGCUCAGAAACAACCUGGUGUGAAAUCUCUGGUUGAUGCUUCUGUCAUCAGCCAAGGCGCCACAGUGAGUGACCCUUCAUCCAAGUUGCUCCAGUCUACCACCUCCAUUGGCCAGCAGCCCAAUGAUGAUGUCAUCAAGCGGCGCCGUCUGUCUGAGGACAAGUUUGGUAAGCACGAAACCAAGGCUGCUGUUGAGACGACUCGUAGGAAGGCCUACAGCGAAGUACUGAAACAGAGAACACAUCAUGCACCAAAAGAAGGUGGGAAUGCACUGCAGUAUACUAUUACACAGACAUGGGUUCAAAUGGUAUUUGUUUUCUUUCAAAUACUUUGAGCGUUUGAUUGAGCCUACUUGGAGUGGGCAGGAUUUGCACUUGAAACUAUUCCAUUGGUUCGAUUUUGAAGCUUAACUAUUUAAAAGAAAACAAGAAAACAAUUUGAGCCCAUGUCUAGUGUUAUGAUAACUACUCCAAAAUGAUUAUAAACCAUAAUAUCAAUUUUCUGUGUAAUUCUUAGACAUAUGUGUGUAUUUUGUUUCAGUGCCCAGAGUGGUGCAGCGGAUCCAGGCAGUGCCUGUCAGUGACGAUCCUCAGAGCCUCAGUCUAGGGUGUCAGUUCACGGCUGUCUUUACUGACUACACCGUCACCUGGACCAGAGAGGGGGCAGUGCUGGCUGAGAUCAAGAGAAGGUAGAAGUCCUGAUUUGAUUUGACAGUAUAUUAUACUGUCCAUGCCCUUAAAUAUUCCUAUGGGAGAGCUAGUUACCCUAACCUGUUACCAUAUUUCAGUGUUUCUCAAAUAUCUUCUAGAGUACUCCCAGACAUUCCAUUUAUUUGAUCUAUUUCAGUACUUACAGUGCAUUCGUAAAGUAUUCAGACCCCUUGACUUUUUUGUUACAUUACAGCCUUAUUCUAAAAUGGAUUAAAUCGUUUUCCCCCCCCUCAUCAAUCUACACACAAUAACCCAUAAUGACAAAGCAAAACAGUUUUUUAGAAAUUUUUGCAAAUGUAUAUUUAAAAAAAGACGGAAAUAUCACAAUUACAUGCAUACAUACUCAGUACUUUGUUGAAGCACCUUUGGCAGCGAUUACAGCCUCGAGUCUUCUUGGGUAUGACGCUACAAGCUUGGCACACCUGUAUACACCUCCCUAGUGACGCAGUGGUCUAAAGCCAGUAGAGAUCCUGGUUCGAAUCCAGGCUCUGUCGUACCCGGCUGCGACUGGUAGAUCCAUGGGGCGGCGCACAAUUGGCCCAGUGUCGUCCAGGGUAGGGGAGGGAAUGGCCGGCAGGGAUGUAGCUCAGUUGGUAGAGCAUAGCGUUUGCAACCUCAGGGUUGUGGGUUCGAUUCCCACGGGGGGGGCCAGUAUGAAAAAUGUAAAAAAAUAUGUAUGCACUCACUAACUGUAAGUUGCUCUGGAUAAGAGUGUUUGCUAAAUGACUCAAAUGUAAAUGUGGCUGGGCCACUCAAGGACAUUCAGAGACUUGUCCCGAAGCCCCUCCUGCGUUGUCUCUGCUGUGUGCUUAGGGUCGUUGUCCUGUUGGAAGGUGAACCUUCGCCCCAGUCUGAGGUCCUGAGCACUCUGGAGCAGGUUUUCAUCAAGGAUCUCUGUACUUUGCUCCAUUCAUCUUUCCCUCGAUCCUGACUAGUCUCCCAGUCCCUGCCACUGAAAAACAUCCCCACAGCAUGAUGCUGCCACCACCAUGCUUCACCGUAGGGAUGGUGCCAGGUUUCCUCCAGACGUGACGCUUGGCAUUCAGGCCAAAGAUUUCAAUCAUGGUUUCAUCAGACCUGAGAAUCUUGUUUCUUAUGGUCUGAGAGUCCUUUAGGUGCCUUUUGGCAAACUCCAAGUGGACUGUCAUGUGCCUUUUAUCGUCUCCCAUCUCCAUAGAGGAACUCUAAACCUCUGUCAGUGACCAUCGGGUUCUUGGUCACCACCCUGACCAAGGCCCUUCUCCCCCGAUUGCUCAGUUUGGCCGGGCGUACAGCUCGAGGAAGAGUCUUGGUGGUUCCAAACUUAUUCCAUUUAAGAAUGAUGGAGGCCACUGUGUUCUUGGGGACCUUCAAUGCUGCAGAAAUGUUUUGGUACCCUUCCCCAGAUCUGUGCCUCGACACAAUCCUGUCUCGGAGCUCAUCGGACAAUUCCUUUGACCUCAUGGCUUGGUUUUUGCUCUGACAUGCACUGUCAACUGUGGGACCUUAUAUCAGGAUUCAGGUUCCAGUGACCUUCCAAUCUAGGUCCAAAAUUCAUAUGUUACUCACAGUACCCUGGAAUCAAGUUUGUAGAUAAUCACUUCAGGUGAUUAAUUGGAAACCCAGGAUGUCCUGUGCUAAUUUAACGUCUCCAGCUAAGGGUCUGAAACUCUUAUGUGAAAUAAGGUUUUACACUGGUGCUUCUCUUCUCGACCUAGAUUUGCAGAUUUUGGGGCGUACUCGAGAAGAUUUUGUGUUCAAUUAAUCAUUUAAGAAUGGAGAUCUGUACUGAUUCAAUGUGUCAGAGAAGGUUGGUACUUUCCCAAUCUCCACUGUCUGGAGCUACGCAAGUCACCUAUGUGUAAUGUCUACUGAUCAACUGUGACUAUAACACCUUCCAAAUGACACAUGAUCCAACAUUAAAUCAAGGUGAAUCAAUUUAGUUAGGCAGUUGAACAUGUUGGCUACUGUAGUAUGUUCACAGCUGAAGGUUGAAACAUGUACACUAAUUGAUUAGAUCAUGUAUUUCAUUGGUGAGAUGCAAUUUCUGUGUCAUUGUAGUAGGAUAUUAUUUUUGGCAGAUGGCUGUAACGUCAAAUGUGGGAGGUUGAUGAUUCAGCAUGAUGUGAGGCAGUAAGGCACGUUGUAUAGUAACGCAUGAUUCAACGUGCACAAUGAUCCAUACGUGUAUUGCUUCCAUAGUAAUUCCAACUAUGGGUUGAGAUUAGUUUUGGCCACGUCACGAUUAUUGUGUAAGAGUAUGUAUCUACUUGGACAUAAUAUUGAAAGUUGUAGUACACUGUGUUUCUCGUGUACAUUUCGAGGAUAUUUGGCAGAUAGUUGAACAUCAUGUAUGUGAUUCAGCUGUAUGUUGAGGCAGGUAUAUGUUGAGCAGUGUAUGUUGAUGCAGGUGUAAUGUUGUAGGCAGAAUUAUUGUUGGAGAGUCAGAUGUAGUUGUAGCAGGUAUGUUGAUACAGGUGUAUGUUGAGGAAGGUGCAUGUUGAGCAUGUUAAAGUUAGGCAGGUGUAUGUUGAGCAGAUGUAUGUUGAGGCAGGUGUAUGUUGAGGCAGGUGUAUGUUGAGGCAGGUGUAUGUUGAGGCAGGUGUAUGUUGAGGCAGGUGUAUGUUGAGGCAGAUGUAUGUUGAGGCAGGUGUAUGUUGAGGCAGGUGUAUGUUGAGGCAGGUGUAUGUUGAGGCAGAUGUGUGUUGAGGCAGGAUGUUGAGUCAGAUGUAUGUUGAGGCAGGUGUAUGUUGAGGCAGGUGAAUGUUGAGGCAGUUGUUAAGUUGAGGCAGGUGUAUGUUGAGGCAGUGUAUUGUUGAGGCAGAUGUAUUUGAGGCAGAUGGAUGUUGAGCAGUAUGUAUUUUGAGGCAGUGUAUGUUGAGGCAGUUGUGUUGAGGCAGGAUGUUGAUGUCAGUGUUGAGCAGUGUAUGUUGAGGCAGGUGAUAUGUUGAGGCAGGUGUAGUUGAGGCAGGUGUAUGUUGAGGCAGUUAUGUUGAGCGGUGUAUGUUGAGGCAGAUGUAUGUUGAGACAUAUGUAUGUUGAGUCAGAUGUAUGUUGAGGCAGGUAUAUGUUGAGUCAGGUGUAUGUUGAGGCAGGUGUAUGUUGAGGCAGGUAUAUGUUGAGUCAGGUGUAUGUUGAGGCAGGUGUAUGGUGAAACAGGUGUAUGUUGAGGCAGGUGUAUGUUGAGGCAGGUUUAUGUUGAGGCAGGUGUAUGGUGAAACAGGUGUAUGUUGAGGCAGGUGUAUGUUGAGGCAGGUUUAUGUUUAGGCAGGUGUAUGUUGAGGCAGGUGUAUGUUGAGGCAGGUGUAUGUUGAGGCAGGUUUAUGUUGAGGCAGGUGUAUGUUGAGGCAGGUGUAUGUUGAGGCAGGUGUAUGUUGAGGCAGAUUAUUUGUUUAACACUUUUUUGGUUACUACAUGAGUCCAUAUGUGUUAUUUCAUAGUUUUGAUGUCUUCACUAUUAUUCUACAAUGUAGAUAAUAGUAAAAAUAAAGAAAAACCCUUGAAUGAGUAGGUGUUCUAAAACUUUUGACCGGUAGUGUAUGUUGAGGCAGGUGUAUGUUGAGGCAGAUGUAUGUUGAGUCAGAUGUGUGUUGAGGCAGGAUGUUGAGUCAGAUGUAUGUUGAGGCAGGUGUAUGUUGAGGCAGGUGUAUGUUGAGGCAGGUGUAUGUUGAGGCAGAUGUAUGUUGAGACAGAUGUAUGUUGAGGCAGGUGUAUGUUUGAGGCAGGUGUAUGUUGAGGCGGUGUAUGUUGAGGCAGGUGUAUGUUGAGGCAGGUGUAUGGUGAAGCAGGUGUAUGUUGAGGCAGGUGUAUGUUGAGGCAGAUGUAUGUUGAGGCAGGUGUAUGUUGAGGCAGGUGUAUGUUGAGGCAGGUGUAUGUUGAGUCAGAUGUAUGUUGAGGCAGGUGUAUGUUGAAGCAGGUGUAUGUUGAGGCAGGUGUAUGUUGAGGCAGGUGUAUGUUGAGGCUUGUGUAUGUUGAGGCAGGUGUAUGUUGAGGCAGGUGUAUGUUGAGUCAGAUGUAUGUUGAGGCAGGUGUAUGUUGAGGCAGGUGUAUGUUGAGGCAGGUGUAUGUUGAGGCAGGUGUAUGUUGAGGCAGGUGUAUGUUGAGGCAGUGUAUGGUUGAAGCAGGGUUUUGAGCAUAUUUGUUGAGGCAGAUGUAUGUUGAUCAGUGUAUGUUGACGCAGGUGUUAUGUUUGAGCAGGUGUAUGUUGAGUCAGAUGUAUGUUGAGGCCAGGAUUUGGGAUUUUUGAAGCAGAGUGUGUAUGGUGAGCAGGUGUAUGUUGAGGCAGGUGUAUGUUGAGGCAGGUGUAUGGUGAAGCAGUGUAUGUUGAGCAGUGUAUGUUUGAGGCAGGUUAUGUUGGCAGGUGUAUGGUGAAGCAGGUGUAUGUGAGGCAGGUGUAUGUUGAGGCAAGUGUAUGUUGAGGCAGGUGUAUGUUGAGGCAGGUGUAUGGUGAAGCAGGUGUAUGUUGAGGCAGGUGUAUGUUGAGGCAGGUGUAUGUUGAGGCAGGUGUAUGGUGAAGCAGGUGUAUGUUGAGGCAGGUGUAUGUUGAGGCAGGUGUAUGUUGAGGCAGGUGUAUGUUGAGGCAGGUGUAUGUUGAGGAAGGUGUAGAUUGAGGCAGGUGUAUGUUGAGGCAGGUGUAGGUUGAGGCAGGUGUAUGUUGAGGCAGGUGUAUGUUGAGGCAGGUGUAUGUUGAGUCAGUGUAUGUUGAGGCAGGUGUAUGUUGAGGCGUGGAAAGGUUGAGAGGUGUUGUGAGCAGUGUAUGUUGAGGCGGUGUAUGUUGAGGCAGGUGUAUGUUGAGUCAGGUGUAUGUUGAGGCAGGUGUAUGUUGAGGCAGGUGUAUGGUGAGGCAGGUGUAUGUUGAGGCAGGUGUAUGUUGAGGCAGGUGUAUGUUGAGGCAGGUGUAUGUUGAGGCAGGUGUAGUUGAGGCAGGUGUAUGUUGAGGCAGGUGUAUGUUGAGGCAGGUGUAUGUGAGGCAGUGUAUGUUGAGGCAGGUGUAUGUUGAGGCAGUGUAUGUGAAGCAGGUAUGUGAGCAAGGUGUAUGUUAGGCCAGGUCUAUUUGAGGCCAGGUGUAUGGUGAAGCAGGUGUAAUGUUGAGGCAGGUGUAAUGUUUGAGCAGGUGUAUGAUUAUGAUCAGGUGUCAUGUUGAGGCAAGGUGUAGUUGAGGCAGGUGUAGAUUGAGGCAGGUUCUUUGAAGCAGGUUGUUGAGGCAGGUGUAUGUUGAGGCAGGUAUAUGUUGAGGCAGGUGUAUGUGAAGUCGUAUGUUGAGGCAGGUGUAUUUGACAGGUUAGUAGGCGGUGUAUGGUGAGGCAUUGGUCUGUUGAGGAGUGUGAUUGAGGCAGGUAUGUUGAGGCAAUGGAGUUGAGGCAGGUGUAUGAGCAGGUGUAUUUGGGCAGUGUAGGUUGAGUCGAUGUAUGUUGAGGAUGUAUGUUGAGCAGGUGUAUGGUGAAGCAGGUUGUAUUUGAGGCCGUGUAUGUUGAGGCAGUGUAUGUGCAGGUGUAUUUGAGGCAGUUAUGUUGAGUCAAUGUUUGAGGCAGGUGUAAGAUUGGGAAGGUCGUAUGUUUGAGGCGUGUAGUUAGGCAGGUGUUGUGAGCAGUGUUGUUGAGGCAGGCUGUUACCGGUUAGCAGGUGUAUGUGAGCAGGGUUAUGUUAGGCGUGUCUUUAGGCGGUGUAGGUGAGCGGGUUUUUAAGCACGUGUAGGAGGUCCUCCAGUACACUCUUAAGCGGUUAAUGUACAUUAUUAGGAUGUAUUAUGCGAGUGUAAUGAAUUAGGACCAUUUACACCUGCCUUAGAGGUGUAAUGAGAGCAUUACUUCCUCACCUCGAGGUUAAUGUACACCGUUAGGAGGUACCGUCCUCACUGACGUAGGUAAGUAAGGGUAUGUGACAUGACUUCGAAGUCACCGUGAUGGUUAGGCAUGUGAUUACCUGUCUGGGAACACUGACUGAGAGGGUAAGUGACAUUAGAUUACAUGUAUUACAGGGUAAUGAUUAGGAUCUACCUCCUCGUGAGCCGAGGGUAAGUGACACCUCACCAUGCCUCCAAUAAGAUCUGGGUAGACCUCCCCCCCCUAACUACCUCCUCACCUACGAGUGUAAGACACCUUAGACUACCAUCCUCCCCUACGAGGGUAAGACACCUUAGACUACCUCCUCACCUACGAGGGUCAGACACCUUAGACUAACCUCCUCACCUACGAGGGUAAGACACCUUAGACUACCUUCUCACCUAUGCGGGUAAGACACCUUAGACUACCUUCUCACCUACGAUGGUAAGACACCUUAGACUACCUCCUCACCUACGAGGGUAAGACACCUUAGACUACCUCCUCACCUACGAGGGUAAGACACCUUAGACUACCUCCUCACCUACGAGGGUAAGACACCUUAGACUACCUUCUCACCUAUGAUGGUAAGACACCUUAGACUACCUCCUCACCUACGAUGGUAAGACACCUUAGACUACCUCCUCACCUACGAGGGUAAGACACCUUAGACUACCUCCUCAUCUACGAGGGUAAGACACCUUAGACUACCUCCUCACCUAAGCGGGUAAGACACCUUAGACUACCUCCUCACCUACGAGGGUAAGACACCUUAGACUACCUCCUCUCCUACGAGGGUAAGACACCUUAGACUACCUCCUCACCUACGAGGGUAAGACAUGUAAUACGUCACACACAUAUCCAAGUUUCAAAUUUCAGGUUUUAUUUGCCAUGUGCAAUGAAUAGAUUGGAAAUCUUACUCAACAGGGCUCUCACAAUAAAAACAGCAAUAUACAAAUAUAAUUUGGAAGUUAAUAGCCCUAACUGUUUCUGUCUGUCUCUUUCAAAGUGCUGAGUGAGAUUGUCAUCUUGGCUAAUCCCCAGAAAAACACCACAGGUGAGCAGCGAUCUAAUGUUGAAUUUCAGUUUGAUAUACAGUAUACUUCUGAGACAAGGUGUUAGGUAAGUUCAGAGGUCAUUCAGUGUGGAAGCAUCUAAAUAUGUUAUGCUAUGUUAAUGGUGCUUUCUAAAUGACUGUGUUCCUCUCUCUACCUCAGCUGCUUCCACUGAGCUAGUAGGUGAAGAGGAGGAUGUGAAAUGUUCCCGUCUGCUGUUCAAAGAUGACUUCCUGUCAGAACAGUACUUUGAUAAGAACCAGCCAGCCAGCCUGGUGACAGAGAAGGAACACUUCGGAGAGGGUAUGCACCGGAGGGCCUUCCGGACCAGGCUCAAGGCCGGUAUGGUGACUGUCUUCACCCAGGGCCACCACUGUGUGCUCAAGGUACACAACGCUAUCAGCUACGGGACCAAGAACAAUGAGGAACUGGUUCAGAAGAACUAUAACCUAGCCGUGGAGGUGAGGGUUAAUUUACCUUGAUAUCACCAGACUCAGGGUUAGAGUUAAGGUUAGGGUCAGGGGUACAUUUAGGGUUAGAAAAACAGUUACUCUCACUAUUUGGCAUUGUGUAAUACUGUGACCCAGGGUUGGGGUCAAUUUAAUUUCAAUUCAGUCACUUCCUGAACCCGGUUGUAACCAUCAGCAGAAAUGCUCAGAUCUAACACGUGUGUGUAUUGUGUGAUUCCAGGAGUGCCAUGUUCAGAACACAGCCAGAGAGUACAUCAAGGCCUGGACAGCCGUGGCCCAGACACAGGAAGCCUUCGGAGAGGUUCCAGAGUGAGUAUGACGUCAUCGCUGUCACAUCAUCAGCCUGCAAAUCCCAGUGUCAAAUCCUAGAUGCCAUCUCUUCUCCUGCCGUUGUGUCCUGGUGUCCCACCCAACUUAACCCCUAAACUUCACUCCAGCUCACCUUGUGUUCCAAUCUCUCUGUUCAAGCAAAAACAUGACAUCCUUUUUUUCCCCCCAGUGAAAUAUGCAAUACAGCAACGUUAACCGUCUUGAUUCUUCCUGUUAUUCCUCUUCUAAUCCCCCCCCUCCCCUCCCCUCCCCCCCCCUUCCAGGAUUAUUCCCAUAUACCUGGUCCACCGUCCGUCCAACGACGUCCCGUAUGCCACCCUGGAAGAGGAGCUGAUGGGGGACUUCGUCAAGUACUCUGUCCGGGACGGGAAGGAGAUCAAUCUAAAGAGGAGGGACUCAGAGGCAGGACAGAAGUGCUGUGCCUUCCAGCACUGGGUCUACCACAAGACUGAGGGUAACCUGCUCGUCACUGACAUGCAAGGUAGGUCACUGCAUCUGCACAGUGAGAGCCAAGGUCCAGCCUAGCUACUGUAUUCACAGCAGUUCAAAGAAAGUAGGAGAUGGAAAUAUUAAUAAUAUAUCUACUGUAUAAGCACUUGUGACAACUGCUGCUAUUAAAAAGAGCUUUAUAAAUAACUUUGAUUGAUAUCUAAUUUAUCUCGUUUCAUUCUAGGAGUUGGCAUGAGAUUGACAGAUGUUGGAAUAGCCACAUGUAAGAAAGGGUGAGUAUUGAAAAAUAAAUACAAUACAAAACCUGAUGGUUUAAAUCAAAUGAUAUAAGAACUGUAUUCUCUAGUGUGUAUUGUACACUGUGUCUCACUAACCACAUGCAAUGUCUCUGUUUUCUGUUUUCUAGAUACAAGGGGUUCAAGGGAAACUGUGCCACGUCAUUCAUCGAUCAGUUCAAAGCCUUGCAUCUGUGCAACAAGUACUGUGAGAUCCUUGGACUCAAGUCUUUACAGCCAAAGCCUAAAAAGGCUGUGGCCCAUAAACCCAAGCCAACUCAACCUGCCACAAAGACUAAAAAUACUUUCGUACCCACCCUGAAGAACAAAUCCUGA